UGGCUCCUCUCCUUCCCCUCCGCCGAUCCCCGCUCUCAGGCGCCCAAGAGCUCUUUUUCCACGCUCAGAACACGACUUUACGCGUCUGUACGAUCUACCUCAACCUCAACUGACGAUCUUACGAUGGGCGGCGCUGGCUGGCUUUUUUUGUUCGCGGUCCUGAUGGCCGCGGGCCUGCUGUUCUGCAUGGUCUUCUUCAUCAUCAUGUUCUCCGACCUCGAGUGUGACUACAUCAACCCAAUAGACCUCUGCAACAAGCUCAACCAGUUUGUAUUGCCCGAGAAUCUAGCACAUGCAUUCCUCUCGACGUUAUUCCUCCUGUCUGGCCAGUGGACCGCGUUCCUGCUUAAUGCGCCUCUAGUAGCGUACAAUGCGAACAAGAUACGCAACAAAAACCACAUGUACGACGCUACGGAGAUCUUCCGCACGUUGCCGGGACACAAGAAGGAGAGCUUUUUCAAGCUCGGCUUCUACCUCCUCUCCUUCUUCUACUAUCUUUACCGCAUGAUCGUUGCCCUCAUUGCGGAGAGCGAGUAAACGGGGUCAUCUUGACAUAGCGCAAGGGGAGGGAGGCGUCUUUACCCACUUACUGAUCAGUGGUCUUCGUCAUUAUGCUGUCACCUCGGGACGGAAAUCGUACUGUGCUGGACGGGGGACUUAAGGAUGGGGGACUCAUGUGCGCUUUACUCAUUAUAAAAUGAAUCAUAUCCCUCAAAAG